CUGCUGCAAGGACCAGGAAGAGUCUGUGCUUUGAGGAGCUGCCUGUGGGAAGCAUUGAGGAGGUUUUUGGACCCUCCCCAGAGCUGUGCCAAGGACAGGAAAGGUUUGGUGGAAGAAGCCCAGGCAGGCUCUGUGGGUCCCUGGGGUGGCUGCUGGAGCCAGAUGUUGCCAGUCAAGCUUCGAUUAAGAACGAAUGCAGGAAAAUUUGGUCACUCCUGCGCAGCGGGAAGUAUUCCUGUCCCAUCACCAGGGAGACCUUCAGCAGCCCAAAUAAAAAAGGAGACCUCAACAAGUGCAUGAUGUGCCAGAGGCUGCUGGAAAGAGACUCAGCUACCCAAGGGAGUGGUGGAGAGCUGGACAGGAAUGUGAACUCCUUGGGAAAGGACGAGUGUCGGGAGUUUCGGGAUCUGUUCAAGAGAGGGAAACUCACCUGCACCAGGGAGAACGACCCUGUCCGGGAUGCCUCUGGGAAGCAGCACAGCAAUAAGUGCAUCAUGUGUGCAGAGAAGUUCAAAAGGGAGAAUGAGCAGAAGUUAUCUAAAAACAGACAAGGAAAAGAUAAGGAUGACUGCAGCGAGUUCCGCUCCCAGUUUGAAGCCGGCGGCCGCCUGUCCUGCACCAGGGAGAAUGCCCCUGUCCGGGAUGCCUCUGGCAGGCAGCACACCAACAAAUGCCUCAUGUGUGCUGAGAGGUUCAAAAAGGAAGCUCAAAGAGGGGGUGGAACUCUCCAGCGCAACAAACUGCCUGCUUCAGAGAGGACAAAGCAGAAGAACUGUGGUGGCUCAAGGCAGGGUGUAAACGAGAGGCGUCCCUUCUCCUCGGGCAGAGGCCCUCAAGUGCAGCGUGGCAGGAACUGCAAUCGGCCACCAGGCCGUAAGUCCCAGAGCAGAGACAGCCACGAGGACCCCACGCUGGACUGUGAGCGAAUUCUGCAUGGGGUAAAGGGUGGAAGGAUUUUCUGCAGCGAAUCCUCACAACCAGUCUGUGGCACUGAUGGGAAAACAUACAAAAAUGAAUGUGACUUGUGUUCAGCUGCCAUGAGAGCUUCAAACUUCAUCACGGUAAACUAUCGAGGCGAGUGCCAAGAGCCUGGCAAUGCAGUGGUCGGCAUCGUGGGAUAAGAUAUCUUUUUUUGGAGUAAUGGAGUUCAGACUGCCAGCAAACACCAGGGAUCAUCUGUGACCAAAGAGAAAGUAAAGGAAGCAUCGAUGUCGAGCAUCAGGGGAGCUGCUGAGCCCCCAGGACUGCCAGAGCUGCCUCCAUCCCCUUCUGCAGCACAGGGGGCCUGAGCUGCCUCCAUCCCCUUCUGCAGCACACGGGGCCUGUCCUUGCUCAGGUGGAGGGCAGGAGGCUGUGGGGACUCAGUGGUGCCUCCCAGGUGUGCCCCGUGCGUGUGCUGCCGUCCCUGCCGCCUCGCUGUGUCUAAACGUGCUUCUCCAAUAAACAUAACUCCUCAGCUUCAUGUCACUGUUCUUCACUCAGCCUCGGGGGGGACACACCACUCCCUGCUCUGGCUUUGCUCCAUGUGCUCCUUAGGCAAUGAGCACCCUGAGGUGCAGCAGCUGCUGUAAAUAUCUGGUGAAGAUGUUGGACCCAAGGAGGAAGAGUGUGGUCUGGGGUUUUGUGCGGAGGGAUCAGGGGUCGGUUCUCUCUGGCUCUUUAUGGGGACUUGGGUCAAUCACUUCACUGCCCUAUCAGCCCUUUUCUCCUGCCUGUAAAACGAACAUUAAACAAUACUUACCUACCUCA